AACAUCGACAACAUCGCAUUGUUCACAAUGGCAACAGGACAACGAUUGCAGCUUUUUGCUGGCAUCCUGUUGCUGCUCGUCUCCUGUCAGCUGAGUGCGGCCAAACCGCCAACGGGUGCCAAGCCGGAAGCGGCCCACACUAACGCUGAGUUUCCCGAGGAGGACAGCGACAUGCUGAUGGAGCCGAAUGACUUUACGCCCAUAACGGUACUGCGCUCCCACGAGCAGCAACAUUUCCACAUGCCACCGACAACGCAGCUGCAACAACAGCAGCAGCAUCAACAGCCGGCGUUGCAACAUCGUGUGGCAGCCACGUCGUCACAGAGUCGCCACUUUCAGGCAGCAGCUGCUGUUGCAUUGCCGGAACAGGAACAGUUCCGUCCAAUUGUCAAUCCGAACACACAGCUCAUUUCAAGAUCGGAUGUAACACCCCAUCCAGGGGGAGCAGAUUCCCACAGUCAGGCGGCACAGAAUUUCUAUCCACCCUUCUACCAUGAAGCACCGCCAUUGGGACACUCGCGUCCCUAUUUCGCUGGACCCGUGGGACCCGUCGGCGACAAUUUGCCGCUGCAGUUGCCACUGCUGACACCGCAGCAACAACAACAGCAGCAACAACAGCAGCAGCAACAACAGCAGCAGCAACAACAGCAACGUGGCUUUGAUGCAUCGAUAUUGGGCAGUGGAGAUUUUGGUGUACUGCGAGGUGGUACCUUCUAUCCGGAGGAGGAGAUGCCCUAUCAUCCGGAGGACAACAGUGAUUAUAUUUAUGGGGAUGCGAACAACGGGCAUGGGCGUCCCAGCGAGGGUUUCGUACAGAAGUACACAUAUCCGGAGGAGCAAUUUGCCAAUUUCCGUGACUUUGCGGACAUUAAUACGCCAACGGAUUCGGCCUUCUCGCAGUUUGUGGUCGUCUAUGCGGCCAAGAAUGCCACCAAGCCGAGCAAUCAUCCGCAUCCGAAGAACAUAUUCGAGCAGCUGGAGAUGCUCGAUCGUGAGAAGGCGCUGGAGGAGGCGGCGCUGAAGAAACAACAACCGAGCAAAUCCAAAUCGAAGCUGUCCAAGACGAAGCUGCAAAAGAAAUACAAGAAGAAGAUCAUUGCCAAGGAGACGCUGGACGUGGAGCCACUGUUGGCGCUAAGCUAAGCGCUAGGCUAAGAAUAUCUCCCCUCCCCCUACCCCUCCUAGAGCUUCCCCUUUCCCCAUCUUAACGAAAACUUUUCCUACGAUUAUUCCACAUUUACUUUUGGUUUUUC